CGGGAGUGCUUCACCCCCUCCGACAGCUCUCCCUCCCCUUCCACCCCCCACCCCCACCCAUCAAAGUUUUCUGAACCGUGGGGAGAUGGGUGGAGGAGGAAGAGGGUCCAGCCAGCCUCCGUCCGUCCUUCCCCUCGCUCGGGCUAACUUUCCCCACCGCCCCUCCAUCCCCCGCGGAGCCGCGCGGCGAGCUGACAAUUGGAGCGCGGCUCCUUUAAGAGCCCGGCUGUGCCUCCCGGUAGCUGAAGGUCAUUAAACACAAAAGCGCUCGGCGCUGCGGUCCAAUAUAGCGCAUGCGCCCUGCCCGGGGACUGGCAGGGAGACGGCAAUAUGGCGAGAAUGCCUGGCCGCGGGGACUGGAGCACCAGCGCGGGCGGCAGCGCCACCGCCGCCGCCGAGAACAAUGGGGAGCGGGGCGAGGGCGAGCGCGGGGCGCGGGGUCGGGGGCGCCGCCGCGGCCGCCCGCACGACUGCAGCGCGGGCGAGGAGGAGGAGGAGGAGGAGGAAGAGGAGGACGAGAUCCAGGAGGUGCAGAUAACGGGGGACGAGGAGGAGGAGGACGCAGGCGGGGGGCUGGAGGAGGACGAGGAGGAGGAGGAGGAGGAGGAGAUGGGGCUGGACUGGGAUGCGCGCCUGGAGCCCGAGGACUCGGCCGGGGAGGAGCUGGAGCCGGAGCCGGAGCCGGUCCGUAGGAUCGAUAUGGACCAGGGCGCCGCGCUGGAGCCCGAGGCGCCGCCGCGGCUGCUGCCGGCCCGCGCUCGCGGCGCGCCUCCCGGGGACGGCGCGGAGCUGGACCCCGACGGGCUGCAGCGCCCCGAGCGGGCCCGGCUGAGCGAGAACACCCGGCUGGCCACCCGCUACGCCGUGCGCAUCUUCCGGGAGUACCUGAGCGAGAAGGCGCAGAGCCCGGACUUCGAGACCAUGGACAAGGGGGCGCUGUGCCGCGUGCUGCGCUCCUUCUACGCCGAGGCGCGCUCCAAGAGCGGCCAGCUCUACAGCAAGUCGUCGCUCAUCAGCAUCCGCAGCUCCCUCAACCGCUACCUCAACGAGCCGCCCUACUGCCGCACGCUCGACCUCACCAAGGACCCCGAGCUGCGCAGCGCCAACCUGACGCUGGCCGCCGUCAUCCGCAAGCUGGAGGAGCAGGGCGCGGGGCCCGUGGUGCAGAAGCAGGCCAUCACGCGCGCCGACCUGCGCAAGCUCUACACCUCCAGCGUCUUCGGCGCCGGCACGCCCUUCGGGCUGCUCAACAAGGUCUGGUUCGAGACGUGCAUGUACUUCUGCACGCGCGGCCGCGAGAACCAGCGCGAGCUGGAGGAGGACUCCUUCGGGCUGGCCAUGGACGAGGACGGCCGCAAGUUCGUCUACUUCAAGUCCCUCGGGCCCUACCACAAGUCGCGCUCGUCGUCCUGGAGCAAGAAGCGCGCGGAGAGCAGCGACGAGGAGAACCUGCCGCGCAUGUACGAGACGGGCACCGAGUUCUGCCCCUACGCCAGCUUCGUCAAGUACCUGUCCAAGCGCAACCCGCUGUGCAAGGCGUUCUUCCAGCGGCCGCGGGACCACUGCAGCGAGGGCGACGUGACCUGGUAUGAGAACAAAGCCAUCGGCAAGAACUUGCUGGGCACCCGCAUGCAGAUGCUCUCCAAGGCGGCCAAGCUCUCCAAGACCUACACCAACCAUUGCAUCGGCGCCGUCUCCAUCGCCACGCUCAACAGCAUCGCGGGCAUCGGCACCAAACUGGGCUCGCCCGCCCUGCAGGGCUGCUACGCCGAGGCUCUGAACGGGGCGGCCCGCCACCACUCCCACCACCCCCCGGCGCCUCCCUCCCACCACCACCGCCCCCAGCCGCCCGCGCUGGGGAACACCUACGUCCUCCCCAAAGACAGCCUGGGCGCGCCCGACGUGAAAGCCGAGGCUGCGCCCAAGCGCGCCCUGUACGAGUCGGUGUUCGCGCCGGGGGACCUCUGCGGCCCCUCUUCGCCCAAAAGACUCUGCCUCCGGCCCUCGGAGCCCGCGGACGCGGCGGUGGUGGUGGUUUCCGUGAAACACGACCCCCUGCCUCUCCCUCCCGAAGCCAAUGGGCACAGAAGCACCAGUUCUCCCGCCAUAGUUCCACCUGCUAUCGUUUCCCCCGCCCAGCACCACGUUCUAGGUGGAGACCGGGGCCUUAGGUGGAGGCUUCUGGUCUUGGGGUUUUCCCUGGAGGAAUCUAUUCGCAUGAUUAAAGUGGCCUUUAUCUCGGAGACUCCUCUCUCCCAGCCAGACCCCGGAGGGCCCCGGGGCCGGCCGGGCUCUGCAGGCGGGAGCAGCCACCCACCGGAGGUUUCACAGCUGUGCCCUCCCUGCCAGGGAGCAGCGUGGAAUCCGGGCCGUACGUCUGCAAGUGCAGUGCAGGCCCUUCAGGGAACAGAUGUCAGGUACCUCUGCGCUUUUUCCCAAGUGGAAAUUCCAGUUCUGGACAAACUGACCCUUUCAAACAUUUACCAGCUAAUCAGCGAGCCUCAAGGCCAACUGAGAAAGGCUGUGAGCGAUCAUAGAAACACCCAAGUUCUCGAAACUCUGCGAGGCUGUGGGCUCUCGGUCUUCCCCUCUGUACUCCUGGUGUGUGGAGCGCGUUUCCGACAGGCCCGGAGGUUGGCUUAGGGCAGGGGUGGGGAACCUUUCUUCCGGCCAAGGACCACUGGGCUAUUUAUAACACCAUUCGCGGGCCAUACAGAAUUAUCAGCUCAGAAGUGAGCCUGCUAUAUUUGGUCAAACGUUUCAUGAACUGCCCGCUAAUGCCUUGGCAGGGCCAGACCGAAGGACUUCUCAGGCCUUAUAUGGCCCGCGGGCCCAUGUUCCCGACCUCUGUUUUAAGGAGGAUUGCUUCUCUUUGGAGAAUUUGGGUUUGCUUUUCCUUUGAAAGCAAAAAUGAAUGUUCAUAUUCUUCUACUAAAGUGAAAACCCUUAAAACGCCCUGGUUCCGAAUAGCAUCUGGUUAAGAGCUAGAAGCCUACGAGAGUUUAGUGAAGUGCAUGUCUGCUCGGAAUAAUAACGACACAGUUCGUCUCCUGGCGUCUGUCUGCUGGCUUCCUGACACCCGUGUCAUUACAGAAUCAUGACCUAAGACCCCGGCGAUUCGCCGGGUUUGUGUAGCUGCUUCCUUUGGUUUGAAGGAGUGCAGUCUGUCGCAGUCUUUUAUUUUAACCGGGUGAGACACAUCCGUUCUCUAAACCUGAAGACUAGUUCUUCUCUUUUUUUCUUGAGUUGUCAGUUAGCUCCCAAGUUAAGUAUGAAUGUGAGUAUCCACAUAUUGGUUAUGUCCUUACCAUGGCUCUCGAACUAAGUCCCCUGUAGUUAAAAAUGCGACUAAAAGUUGUUCUCUCCGCACAUAGUUAACAGUCAGCUUCUCACUGACAUUGGAGUCAGUUUUUAGAAAUCAGCAGUAAGAAAUGUACAGGCACGCUGCAGUAAGCACCAGAGAACUCGCUGUAGGAAGCCCGAGUAUUCUAAGUCUAAAACCAAUGUUUCCGUAAAAGCUGAGCUUAAACUUUUCCUGCGUCUGUUUAUUAAAACCACUGUAGCGGUUGAGGUCCAGGGCAUUUCCUGGGAUUGAUGACUGGCCCAAGGCAUAGCUCCAGGUGGCCAUCUCCUCCAGCUGGCACGAAUCCCCGGGGAAUGCCAUGUGCCCGUCCCGGUCCAGUCCUCGGUACUUAAUUAUCAACACGGGCUGUCUGACCUCACUCCUGACGGGACCCCGAGUGCUGUGUCCCCGAAGUCCACUGGUGCCCAUGCUAUUCUGGACUCUCGCUAAUGCCGCCACACCUUGGUGCUGGAGUUCCCUUCUGACAUUGUGAGCUUCUCAAAAAAAAAAAAUGAAGAGCCUGUUACUUUUCAGGGGUGGGGCCCCUUUUUUCCUGCCAAGGGCCACUUGGAUAGUUAAAAGAUCAUUCGAGGGCCAUCCGAAGUCAUCAACUUAAAAUCAGCCCGCUGAACUUGGUCAGACAUUUCGUUAACUCCCCCCUAAUGUCUCGGCAGGGCCAGCCCCAAGGAUUUCAUGGGCCUUAGGCGGCCCGCAGGCCAGGCGUCCCCCACCGCUGCAUUUAAAUGCAUUGACCCUUUUUAUGAGGACAUUAAUAAGCGAGUUGGUUAUGGGACUGGCUGGAAAAUGAAUGCGCUUGAGGAUUAACGAAGAUGGAGUUUGUGAUUUUUACUCCUGUGAAGUGCGUGGGUUUUGUUUUUCAUGGGGGGGAGGUGUGAUCGUUGCUCUAACUGAUUCGCUCUUUAACUCUUCCUCUUGAAUGGCUGCGUUCAACGUCAAGAGUAGGUUUAGUUCCCUUUUCCCCCACGAGCUGCUGUCAUCUCAGAUGGUCCGGUUAUGGGUGCAACUUCCCAGCUCCCAGGUGGCGAUCACGUGGUUCAUCUUCCACGGUUUAUCGGGCCUCUUCUGCAUCCUCCUGGCCGGUCUCUGCAUCUCCACAGCAUUUUCCCCGCCUCGGAGAACAGUCCUUCGGUUUAGAGAGAUGACACAGAUUUCCAGCGUUGGUCUUUAUAACCUAACUUACACAACUGUAGAAUACCAAUAGGAGCUGAGAUUUUACAUAUCAUCGUGCUGUUGCCUCGUGUGUAUAUAGACUGUGCCUCUCUCCAGGACCAAACGAAAAAUGUGAACAUGAGCUCCCUGAAGUGCACUGGGGAGCAUUCGUCAGCCUGUGACAAAGCUGCAAGUCAGUUGCACUCACUUGACCCUAACCCAGAUUAUUUCCAGAAAUACUUUUAAGGAAUUCCGAAAGUGGAAAGUCUAUUAGCGGAAAGAUUCCGGAGUCGGCGGAGCAUGUCCGCUGCUGCUGUUUCAUUGUCUUCAGUGGGGGCCAGAGUUGUCCUCACUGUUUCCGAGCUGGAAACUGGAGCACCCCCCCCCGUGGGGCGUGCAUCCCUCCUGCCCUCGCCUCGAGGAGCCAGCGCUGGUUGCACUGGGAGGCCAGCUCACUCCGGUCCAGGUGC